AUGUCAUGGCAAAGGGAGAAAACCCUCAAUGUUGCUACACAACCCAAGCAGACAGCGGCCAGUUUGUAUAACUACUGUUCGUCUCUACAUCUCUGCAGUUUGGCCGAGACGGAGGUCACACGUUUACUGGGAAAGAAAUAUAACAGUGACACAGUGGAUGUGGCAGCCACCGAGGGGGCAAAACGUGCAAGGAAGUGGGAGCGAGCGGCGGAGGCGGGGCGCGGAGCAAAGCGCGGAGAGUGGGAGGGUUGCGGGCCGGGCUGGGAGGACCCGGGAGGAGGCGGGCGCCAGGGCGGGACGGGCGGGACGGGAGAGCCGGGAGCUGCCGCCCGGCGCGAGGAAGUGCGCCGCACUGCUCCGGAUCCAGCCCGGACUCGGCGGCCACCAGGUGAGCCCAAGAUGCUCCUGCCGCUGCCGCCUCUGCUGCUGCUGCUCUUGGGGCCGCUGUGUCUGCUCUCGCAGGCGGAGGACACCGUGGAGCUGGUCUUCUCCACCGAGCGCCCGCAGCACCGAGUGAGUCCCGCAUUCCUGUCCUUCACCAUCGACGCCAACCUGGCCACCGAGCCGCGGUUCCUCACCUUCCUCGGUUCUCCAAAGCUACGUACCCUGGCCAGAGGCCUGUCUCCUGCAUAUCUGAGGUUUGGUGGUACCAAGACAGACUUUCUCAUUUUUGAUCCCCACAAGGAACCAACCUUUGAGGAGAGAAGAUACUGGCAAUCUCAAGUCAACCAGGAUGUUUGCCAGUUUGGACCCAUCCCUUCUGAUGUGGAGGAGAGAUUACAGUUUGAAUGGCCCUCCCAGGAGCAACUGCUGCUUACAGAACAGUAUCAGAAGAAGUUCAAGAACAUCACCUAUUCAAAGAGCUCGGUGGAUAUGCUGUACGAUUUUGCAAAUUGCUCCGGACUCAAUUUGAUUUUUGGUCUGAAUGCCUUACUAAGGACAGCAGAUUUGCAGUGGAACAGCUCGAAUGCUCAGCUGCUCUUGGACUACUGUUCCUCCAAGAGUUACAACAUUUCUUGGGAACUAGGCAAUGAACCUAAUAGUUUCCGGAAGAAGGCUGGUAUUUUCAUUGAUGGAUUGCAGUUGGGAAAAGACUUUAUAGAACUACAUAAACUUCUCGGGAAGUCCACUUUCAAAAAUGCGAAGCUCUAUGGUCCCGAUGUGGGUCAGCCCCGAGGAAAGACGGUGAACAUGCUGAGCAGUUUCCUAAAGGUUGGUGGAGCAGUGAUUGAUUCAGUUACAUGGCAUCACUACUAUGUGAAUGGACGAAUUGCUACGAAAGAAGAUUUCUUGAACCCUGAUGUGUUGGACACCUUUAUUUCCUCUGUGCAGAAAGUACUCCAGGUGGUGGAGGAGACCAGACCCGGCAAGAAUAUCUGGUUGGGAGAAACCAGCUCUGCCUACGGGGGUGGAGCGCCCUUGUUGUCCAACACCUUUGCAGCUGGCUUUAUGUGGCUGGAUAAACUGGGUGUGUCAGCCCGCAUGGGCAUGGACGUGGUGAUGCGGCAAGUGCUCUUUGGAGCUGGAAACUACCACCUGGUGGACAGGAACUUUGAACCUCUGCCCGAUUACUGGCUUUCUCUUCUGUAUAAGAAGCUGGUGGGCUCCACUGUGUUCACAGCACGUGUGAAAGGGCCAGACAGAAGCAAGCUUCGAGUUUACCUUCACUGCACAAAUGUCAAGCACCCAAGGUAUAAGGAGGGAGAUCUGACCCUAUAUGCAUUAAACCUCCACAACGUCACCAAGCGCUUGCAGUUACCGUCUCAUUUUUUCAACAAGCAAGUGGAUAAAUACCUGCUAAAGCCAGCAGGCUCUGGUGGAUUACUCUCCAAAUCCAUCCAACUCAAUGGACAAACUCUGAAGAUGGUGGAUGACCAAACCUUCCCAACUUUGAUAGAAAAACCUCUGCGCCCAGGAAGUUCACUGGGCUUGCCACCUUUCUCAUAUGGGUUUUUUGUGAUAAGAAAUGCCAAGGUUGCCGCUUGCAUCUGAUGAUGAAAGGCAUACAUCAACCUUAAGACUGAAUGUGGUCAAAUGCAUCGAUAAAAGCAAGCAAAACUCAAGCUAGAGGAAGAUGAGCAGAGGGAUUACAAACCAACCCGAGGGAGCUUCUGGGUCCUUGGGACACUCUUAGUGCUAGAUUUAGGCUCCCUAAAUCUAGAACACUCUCUAAGUAGAACACUGCUGCUAAUAACACUCAGCACUUUGCAUGUGCUAUUUUUAUUUGAGGUUAUAAAAAAUAUACAAGUGCACCCAAUACAGCCAGGAGGCAAGUAAGUAAAGGGAUUUCUUAUUAGUUUAAAAAAAAGAUUAGGUGUUUUUCAUUUAAAAAAAAAAAUUCACUGGAAGAUGUCAGAUUCUUCACUUCAUGUGACGUAUUUAUGGUGUCCCACAGGAUAAAGUUUAGAGUCAUUAUCUUGAAACUAUCAAUCUGUCCCUAAACAGAGAGCCAGGCACAGCUACUGCUCCUCUGCUCUGUCCUGCCUGUGUCAGCAGUAGUCAUGAGACAGCACAGAUGAUGAGGUGUGAUGGUUUGAAACGAAGUUAAAAUAUGACUGCUGAUAAGAUUGAUCUAUCAGAGGGAGAAAUUUAGAGAGAACAUCCAAUACACAAGAGCCAUCUAUCACCUUUCUUCCACUUUUAGUUCUUGUCUCAGUUGGGAAGUACUGGCUGCAAGUAACAGAAAGCCGUGGUUCAUUGGAUUAAGUCAGAAGGAAGCUUAUCAUCUUGUGUCCAAGUAAGGAGAGCCCAGCAGCUAGGUGGCCCCAAGCACAAGGUCCUUUCCCUCUUGGUGCUCUGCUCUGUUUGGUGUUGGCUUAAUUCCCAAGCUGGCAGCAGGCUGGCUGUGUAGCUGUCUCACAGACCCAUUCAGGCAUGACAGCAACCCAGGGCAGAAGCUGAACAGCUAUUUCUGUGUCUCCUUCAACUUAAAGUCAUUUUUAGAUUCUCCCGGCAGAUGUCUCCUCACAUCCUGCUGGUCAUCAUGAGUAGAUUAUGCGGCCAUUUCCGCAAUCACUGUGCAAACAGCAGUGAGAUUCCCAUAAUUUUCCCCACGUCAUUCUCCUGGGGAGAAGAGUGGGUGCCAGAGAGACAAUACUGAACAUGAGAUUCCUGUGCUUUCCGGCAGUGACAGAAUGUAUUGUAUUCGCCUGCAGCGCAAUCCUUUUUCAGGAUUAAUAAUAUUUAUAUUUAGGCCACCUAUGAAUAUUGUAUCAAUGGAAUUUAUGUACACUUAUAAAGCUAGACUUUAAACAUUGGAGGUUUCAAUCUUAAGUUUUAUAUGCAUUUGUUAUAUUUUCACAUUUUAAAUAAAAUGAUGUUAAUGCCCUUAA